CGCGCAGAUUUUGAAGUCGGAUAUUGACUAUUUUGCAUCUUCACGGCCGUGAGGAGGUACUGUGCUUCCGGAUGAAGAAAACGCAGAGAGAUGUAUCAUCUGAUAAGACCGGAAGAAAUUUCUUCAUUUUCAUCUAAAAAUGGGCGAAUGAUUUAAAUAACCAGCUGUUUCCCUUGCUGUCUGAAUCCCAUUUGCUUUUCUUCUUGUUCACCCUGCCAGCGGACCUCUUCUUCUGCCUCGAUUUCUUGCUUCGAAGCACAGAUCUAGGUCUUGCAUUUGGGGGAGUGAAGAGUUCUAGUUCUCUCAUGAUUAGCAGUGAGGGUGGGAGGGUGGCUAGGGUUUGAAACGGGAGCCAUGGGUGGGGUGCCAUCGACCCCACGGCGUGGAGCGCGUCCGGCCGACACCGCGGAGGAACUUAUCGCCAUGUUUGUUGGUGAGAAGUCCUACCCGAUCUCCUCCGAGUUUUGGAAGAAGCUGCUCGAGCUCCCACACACUUUUCAAUGGCCGCAGGAGCGAGUGGAACAGGCAUGCCAGACCUUCUUGAAGAAUAAUUAUCACACCAGACAUCUGGCAAAGAUUUUGAUUCACAUGGUGUUGUCUUUGCAAGAAUCUUUGUCAGCCACAUCUGGAUCCUCUACUCAUUCAAAAGCUAUGAAUGCAGCAUACAUAUCGUCUGUAUUUCUCAAAUACAUCAUUGAAAAUGGAAAAAGUGGUACUUUUGAAGAGCUUUAUCUCAUCCUUUCUGAAAUUGACAUGGACAAGGAUGUUCUCCUCAUGGGGCAGAGCAUAGAGAAUUUUGUUAUGCAAGGGGUGCUUAAUUUCAUUGGUAAAUCAGAUCCUAGUGCACAUUCAUACAUCCUCCAUCAUGAAUUGCUGAACUUUAUUCUGGUGGCAAUGUCAACUCUGCUACGUUCAGGGCCAUGUCUAGGGCCAAAAGGUGUGCACCGUUUCAUUGAUGCUGCAAUGAGUCAGGAUGGUGACAUUGUGGCUUCUGUAGUACGCAGACUAUUGUUGAAUUUUAUCGGUAGAUCGAGCAUGCCUUUUAGCAGCCAUUAUACCAUCUAUUCUAAUGGAAACCAAUCUGGAGUUUUGCAAAGGGUUGGCUCUGCAGCUGCAAAUAUAGUGCUACUUCCUUACUACACAUUCAAUUAUCUAGUCAGUUCAAGUGGUGAAGGUCCAAGGAGCCCAUUAGCCGAUAUCAGUUUACAUGUUUUGCUCAUUCUCGUUCAUUAUAGGACGUAUGUUACACUGGAUCCGUCAAUGACAAUAACUGAUGCCGAACAUGUUGAUUCUGAAUUUUGCCUGAAACAAGGAUCUUGUUUUUAUGACAAUCCUUACUCCAAGGCAUUAAACAGUGCCAGUGAUAUUGAAUUUAAUCGUGCUGAUAUUGAGGGCAAUGCACACGGUGAGUCUCUUGUGAGAUUGCCUUUUGCAUCCUUGUUUGAUACCAUUGGGCUGUUUUUGUUCGAUGAAAGUGCUGUCUUGCUGCUCUAUUCUUUUGUGCAUGGGAACUUUGCUUUUCUAGAAUACAUUUUGGUGCGAACUGAUUUGGAUAUACUGCUGCUGCCCAUUUUGGAAACACUUUAUAAUGCUUCAAAGAGGACGCCCAAUCAGAUAUAUAUGCUAUUAAUUAUUCUUCUCAUUCUAAGCCAGGAUUCUUCAUUCAAUGCCAGCAUUCAUAAACUGAUACUUCCUAGUGUGCCAUGGUAUGAGGAACGCUUAGUGCAUCAUACAUCUCUUGGAUCUUUGAUGGUUUUAGUUCUCAUUAGAACUGUUAAGUAUAAUCUCUCCAAGCUAAGGGAUGUCUAUCUUCAUACAAACUGUCUGGCCAUUUUAGCCAAUAUGGCUCCUCAUGCACUCAGAUUAUCUUCAUAUGCAUCCCAGAGGCUCGUUAGCCUUUUUGACAUGCUCGCGCGAAAGUACACAAAAUUAGUUGAAAUAAAGAAUGAUAAAGGUCUCAAUGUUUCUAUCGGCCAAGCCGGAGGAGGAAUGAUAGCCGAGGAUAUGUCAUCAGAUCUUUAUAUUUACGCUGAAUUUUUAAGAAUUGUGCUGGAAAUUUUAAAUGCCAUCCUCACGUAUGCUUUGCCACAGAAUCCAGAGGUUGUGUAUGCUAUAAUGCACAGACAGGAGGUGUUUCAACCCUUCAAAAAUCACCCGAAAUUCCAUGAAUUGCUUGAAAACGUGUAUACAGUACUGGAUUUCUUUAACAGUCGCAUGGACAUGCAGCAAACGGAUGGUGAGUGGUCUGUGGAAAAAGUCCUUUCGGUCAUCAUCAUAAAUUGCCGCUCAUGGCAUGGCGAUGGGAUGAAGAUUUUUACUCAACUGCGCUUUACAUAUGAGCAAGAGAGUCAUCCCGAGGAGUUCUUCAUUCCAUAUGUAUGGCGAUUAAUUUUGGGACACAGUUUUACAUUCAACACGGACGCUAUCAAUUUGUUUCCAGUGGACAAACCUGCAAUCGAUAAAUCUGCUGGUGAGGAAGCUGGUUCGGUCUAAAUCUUUGGAUAUAUUACCCCGCGCUCUACCCAAAAAAAUAAAUAAAUAAAUAAAAUAAAGGUAUUCUUUCUUUCCAUGUGUUAAAUAUUAUUUCCUUUUUUUAGUGUCGUAACCUUACAGAUAAAUUGAGUGUAAAGGCUGUGCAGUUUUAAUAAAAGGUUAAUAUUUGUUGGUUC